AUGCAAAAUUCUGCUAUACAAACUCCUUUAUUGAAAAAAUCCUUCAAUUUUGCUUGGCCUUUUCCUGAACGCCAAACUUGGCUAUAUCGUCUGCAAUCAAAUGUUGUCAUUUUUGGUGUCUUCUGCUUUGCAAAAUUUGUUCUCUGCGGUUUAAAUAAAAUAAAAAUCAGUUCUGAGCACAAAAAGAUUUUUUUGGAUUUGAUCGAAGACAAAACUCGGCCGCUAAUUACAAUGGCAAAUCAUAGAAGUGUAGUAGAUGAUCCUCUAGUGUGGGCUUUAUUUAGCUUCAAAGAGUUCUGCGGUAACAUUUCUCGAUUCAGAUAUAUUUUGGCCGCCAACGAUAUUUGCUUUACAAAUAUUUUAUAUAAUCAUUUCUUCGCGUUGGGUCGAUGUGUUCCUUGUGUGCGUGGCGAUGGUGUUUUUCAACGUGGUGUAAAUUUGUGUGUUGAUAGACUCUCAAAUAAUGGUUGGGUACAUAUAUUUCCUGAAGCUGAAGUAACUACAACGCCGAUUAGAAUUAAAUGGGGAGUUGCUCGGAUGAUUGCUGAUUCAAAAUUGCCACCAAUUCUUUUGCCGAUGUGGACUCGUGGCAUGGCUGAUGCUUGGCCAAAUACUCGACCCUAUUUUCCGAGGAUUGGAAAGACAGUAGAAAUUCAUAUUGGCACUCCAAUCGACACAGCUAUUUGGAUUUCGGCUUCACCUAUGGAAGACGAAACAGAAUUGCAACGAAGGAAACGACUGGCUGAUUUGGUGCAAGAGAAGCUUUAUGCUCUUGGAGAACAGGUUGAAAAACAGAAAUUUGUGAUAGGAGAACGCAAAAAGAAUAGUGAAUCUUUAAAAAGAAAAUAAGUAUAAUAAUUGUAUUUAAGGUUUGAUUUUUUAUAUAGACAUUUAUUGUUUUUUAGCUGACGUAAAUAUUUUAUUUUAAUUUUGUUUAUCUUUUAAUUAUUUUUCCAUUGUUUUAAAACAAUUGUUAACUUUUAAAAAUUUUCCGUUCACAUCUAUUUAUUUGUAACUAACUGUUUUCAUUUUUUGGGGGGUCCCAUCAGCAUGUUUUCAGUUUGGAUUGUUGUGCUAGGGAAUUGUGGCGCACUGACGCACUUAACUGACCAUUUCGCUCGCACUGAACUGACCU